AUGUUACCAGAAUGGAAAAAAGAAUAUACCCCCAAGUACACACAUAAUGAACAAAUUUUUGCUGAGGUUAUGUUACCAUUCUCGGUCAGUGAAAUCCAAAAGGAGAUUAUGAAUAUGUCCAACAAGAAAGCUCCUGGAGAAUCAAAUAUACCAUACGAAUUUUGGAAACACCUAGACAAUAACCACCUGACAGAAUUAUGUUCACUAUUUAACAAGAUCCUAGAUACAAAACAAGUACCAAAAGAUUGGAACCAUAGUAAUACGUUUCUCAUUGCAAAGCUUAAACCUGGUCCAAUUCACAUCAUUAACAAUUACCUAGAAGAUGCAAGAGAAUACAAAAAACCCAUAUGGAUCCUUACACAAGACAUCUUUAAAGCAUUUGACUCAAUUAACCACUUAUUACUCCAACUAGUUCUCAAACAUAAAUUUGUUCAAUCAAUUGGCAUCCCACAAGGAGAUACUCUCUCUCCACUCCUAUGGCGAAUAUACUAUGAUCCACUCUUAACUUGGUUAGACUCCUGCACAGAAGGCUAUAACUUAUCAAUUGAACAUCACCU